AUGAUUUGGCAAUUUAGAAAAACCCACAAAAUUGUGACCAUUACCAAAAAAAAGGUAAAAUCCCAUAUUCUUUAUUUAAGGUAGCACUUUAUUUAAUGUAAUUUUUCAAUAUAUUAGUUACAAUGAAUAGAUUCGAAGAAGCAUUGUUCAAUUUUGAUUUGGCAAUUGUAAGAAAUCCAGAAAAUUCUAUCUUUUACUACAAUAAAGGUGUAGUUAAAUAUAUUAAUUUCUCAGCUAUUGCUUUAGAUAAAAUGGAUAGACCUGAGGAAGCAUUAGAAAAUUGUGACUAAGCAAUUUAGAAAAAUCCAGAAAAUGCUGACUACUAUCACGAUAAAGGUGAAAUUUAAUAUUAUAAUUUCUCAGCUGACACUUUAGGUCAAAUGAAUAGAUUUGAAGAAGCAUUACAAAACUACGAUUCAGCAAUUUAGAAAAAUCCAGAAGAAUCUAAAUAUUAUAAUGGAAAAGGUAUUAUAUAUGAGUCUAUAUUGAUAAGCAAAUACUUUAAACUUAAUGUCUAGAUUUGAAGAAGCUUUGUAUUAUUAUGAUUAAGCUAUUCUCAACGAUCCAGAAAAUUCUGGAUUUUAUUUUAAUAAAGGUAUCGCCAAUUAUGUUGAAUUUAUCAGCACAUAUAUUAAAUUUUAUGACUAGAUUUGA